CUUACUAAAAUAUAAUGACGAAAACGGCUAAUUCCCGACAGUAAAUUCAAAAUAUCAAUGCCAAAAAAAAAUUAAAAAUUAAAAAAAAGGAAAAAGAAAAAAAAAACAAUCAUCCUCCUCCUGCGAAGCUUCGCCGAAGCUCACUUCCCAAGCUCCCCUCCCCUCCUUUAUUUCCUCCACCCCCUUCUCUCUGUUUCUCCGCACCCUGCACACUUUCUCAUUCAGCUCCAAUCAAGAAGAUGAAGCUCAUCAAACUCGGAUCCUUCUUCUCCAAGGCUUCCCGAUCGAAGAAAAGAGAUCGGAUCGAGUCUCCCUCCUUCGGAUCCGUCGCCACCACAACCUCUUCCUCCUCCGAAGGAACCAUCACCCCCAAAUCCGUUCUCCCCGUAGCCAUCGACGAUCUAUUCAGCGUCUUCGAUCGCGACGGCGAUGGCAAGAUCUCGAAGCCCGAUCUCCAGGCGGUGCUCGGUCGGCUCGGCCCUCACGAUCCGCCGACGGAGGAGGAGCUCGCCUCGAUGGUUGCGGAGAUCGAUCGAGACGGCGAUGGAUACAUAAGUCUGGACGAGCUCGGAGUCAUCGCUCUCGCGGCUCUUGAAAAGCCCGCCGCCGGAGACGAGCUCCGCGAAGCGUUCGCCGUAUUCGACGUCGACGGAGACGGGAAGAUCUCGGCGGAGGAGCUGCUUGGGGUUUUUAUGGCUCUCGGAGAUGUUGAUUGCACGAUCGAUGAUUGUCGCCGGAUGAUCGUCGGCGUUGAUAGUGACGGCGAUGGGUUCGUGUGCUUUGCGGAUUUUGCACGGAUGAUGGAUGGGGGGAAGAGAUGAGGGGAUGUACGGUGGGGAUUGGAUGGGAUGACGUUUCUAUACUGAAUCUUUGUAAUUACAUAGGGUUGGGAGAUUUGUGUUGUGGAAGGGUGG